AUAUUUUCUAGUGUACGUCCACAUACUGAAAGUUCAUUAGAAAUGCUCAAAUAUGAAAUUGGGGAUGAGUAACUUUAGGCUUCCAUGCACAACUUUGGGUAACCAAAUUGUAUUAAGUUUGAAUUUGAAAUAAAUAUUCAACCAUUCUUUUCAUAUAUUUUAACCUUAUCAGAUAUGGUUGUCCAGUAUCUUUAACAAAAUUCUAUUGAACAACAGAAAGUAAGAAACUGCUUUCUACCUUUGAUAGACCCCACCUAAAAACACUAGCUUGCAAAAACACCAACUUUAAUCGAUAGACAAUAUUUGGCAUGAAAAUAAUAAAAAAUGUGACAACAAGAGAACAACAAAGAAAAGGUAACCAAACAAAAGGAGAAGAGAAUUAACUUGAUGAGAAAAAGUCACCUCCAUAUAUCCCUACAUCAAAAGCACAUUCUUUGCUUUAAUCCACUUUCCAACUAAGUCUCUCUUUCUUUUUUUUCAAUUAUAUUCCAAUAUAUGCUUUCUCUGUUUUUUAAAUGGUGAUAGGGAUGAGACUGAUCAAUCUCACAUUUGAUCAAGUUUUCAUCUUCUCUAUGCUUUACUUCACUAGUUCACUUCUAUCUCUCCAAUAUACAUUAUUAUUUGUUUCUUGUACAUUAUAUAUCUACGUAACUGCAAGAUUUCAAGGCUUCUCGAAGUUGAAAAUCCAUAUAUCAUCACUAUAUAUGUUGUUUUUCUUAAUUUGCAUGGUAUUCUCCUAGCCUACAUACUUGUUAUACAAGUAUUAUUGUUUACAAGAUUUCCAAAUAUAUAUGGCGUCUGGGGAUAGUCCAACAACAUGGGUGCCUUACAUGAACAAUAAUCAAGAUUGUUCCCAAAAGAUUUGCAACCUAUAUUGUCCUCAGUGGUGUGACAACCUUGUCUUACCUUCUCCUCCACCACCUGUCGGAUUUUCUGACAAUGAUUCGGGUGGUGCAGCCCUCUCGCCUCUUGUGAUCACAAUCAUUGGCGUUUUCGGGAGUGCUUGCCUUUUGAUUAGCUACUAUGUCAUAAUCUCGCGACUUUGUAUUGUAAAUAAUAAUGAUUCAUCUGGAUCUUUAAGAAGACGAAGAGGGAUUCAGAAUCAAGAAACACAAGAUUUGGAAAUGGAUGAUGAUGAUGAGUUUAACAUCGAAGAUGACCCUUUGAAUCUCGGGCCUUGGCAUGUUCCUAGUAAAGGCUUGGAUGAACGUAUGAUCAAUUCGAUUAAGGCUUGCAAGUACAAGAAAGGAGAUAGUCUAAUUUCUGGUACGGAUUGCCCGGUUUGUUUAGGAGAAUUUCAAGAGGAUGAGAAGCUUAGACUUUUGCCUAAAUGUAGUCAUGCUUUUCAUGUUAAUUGCAUAGAUACUUGGCUUACAAAUCAUUCAAAUUGCCCUUUGUGUAGAGCUAAUGUUAGUACGACUGUCAAUUUGAUGCCAAAUACAUUACCUCCACCCCCACCCCCACCCCCACCACCGCCACCACCUCCUCGACCUGAGGUGUUUGUGUCAAGGAGGGUUCCUAGUGACGUAGGACCAAGAGAUGCAAUCAUCGAGAUAAGAGAGGAGGAAGGCGCAAGGGAGAUAAGAAGAUCGGUAUCUAUGAGUAAUCUGUGCCAAACACGAGUAUCUACAGCUGAUACUUUGUUUGUUAAUCAACAAGAUGAAAUGGAGUUGGAAGAAAUUCAAGUCAACGACAUGGUUGGAUCAUCAAAACGACUUUUGAAAUCAUCAGAACAACAUCGAUGCAUAUAUGAUGUUGGGUCGUCGAAAAAUGUUUUGUAUGAAGAUAACAUGUACUCAAAUUGUGGUGAUUAUAUGAUGAAAAGAUCAUAUUCUAGUGGGAGGUACUUGUUCAUCAAAGGAUGCAAAGGGAAGACAUCAAGAAUUUCUAAUGUGCUUACUUAGGGUUAUUGUCAAAGAUUCCACAACCGAAUUAUGGAUCAAUUUUGUUAGAAUUAAUACUUUGUAUUUAAGUUAAGCAUCUGAUUUUGAUCGUCA